CGCCGGCUGCACAGGAUACGUUCCCCGACCAUGAGCACGCCUAAAAAAAAAAGGCUAUGGGGGCCGAUGUAUAGGGUCGCCUGCCGCCGCCAAAUCCGUGAGGACCUGAGGCGGCGGAGAUGCAAAGCGUCUCACGAUCGAUUAUUGGUCUCUGCGCAUGGCCUCCGGCGCUUGGGCGCUGGCGCUCUUGCGUCGGCAGAGUAGUCUCCGCUCCGCCUCGCCGGUGGCCAAUAGCGCGCGAGGGACGAGAUGCUUCACUCCUUCUGUCAUCAUCAGCCCAUUCGAAUCGGCAUCUGGAUCUUCUUUCCAGCUGCAACAAGGAGAAGCAGAAUAAGCCACACUCGUACAAACCCGAAGGUUGUGCCACUAUCAAAUGCCUAGACACUGCAAAUACGAGGGAGAAAGUAACCAGUGUGAAGAAGUUAACCAAUGAGGUCACAGAUAGCAAUCCCACGAAGGUUGCUGAUAUAUUCAUCCCGUGUAUCUACUCAAAUAGCAGCCACCGUGAUGGAGCCAUAUACAAGAACAAGCUUUUCACGGAAAACUGGUUUGAUAUCGACAUUACCGACCACAACGAGACUCGGUUGGAGCCGAUGAUGUUCUCAAAGGCAAUCAAAAAACUUUAUUUUCCAUGCAACAUGUUGCAAUUUUUCUCAUUGAUGUUGGCCGAGUGUUCCAUCAACCAUGACCCCAUAGAAUUGUAUGGGUAUAUAGCUGUGCGGGAUGAUAGGGAUGGCAUGCGUAACUAUGUUCUUAAUUAUAGCAGGGAUGAUCCCAUCAUCACACAAAAGGGUUCUUCCAUUCAAAUGACUGGACCUAAGAGAGCCAUCGAAUUGGUUUCCCCUGUUUUAAUAGAGUUUGAUAUGAGGAUCAAGAAUGGAGGGCAAGAAGAGGAGGAUCUGCAGUUGAUAGAUGGAGCAAUAUCAUGCCAUGACCGCAGAUCAUGGAAACCAGUCAAACAUCGCAUUAAGGGCAAUUGUGGUGCUGUUGACAUGUCUUUCGCAUGUAUUGAGCAAGCAGUGGAAGCGACAAUAGAAGUAGUCAUAUCAGAGGUGCAUAGUAGUUUCAGUUUAUCUCUGCGGUCCUUUGUUUAUGUUUUGGAAGACUACGAAGAAACUCAGCUUUUCCAUGGCUCUAUUGAUCAAUCGUGUGGCUUGAGAAGGUUUGUGCUUGCUGUCACGCAUGGUGACAUGAUGAUAUUGAAGUUCAGGUUUGGUAACAGUAAUGUUGAACGCCGACGUUCUUUUAAAGCUGAGCUCUACGGAUGUUCUAGUCGACAGAUAAAGCAUGAGCUCGCUAACAUCUCAGUCAAGGUGAAUUGGUCCACAAAUUCAGCUUUCUAGGCUCAUGGCAAUGUUGAUUAGUCACGUUCCAUGCGAAGAUCUAUGGUUGCUGUUAACGUGGGAAACUUUGAUGCUAUUGAAGUUCUUUCUUUUUUGUUGGUAGCUUACCAAGCUGGUCGCUUGGUGCUGUUGAAGCGUUAACGCCCCUUGCUAAAGCUAUAUGGUCGUGCUAGUCUGACAGACAACAUGGAGCUAGCUUCUGUCAUGGGGAAAGUGAAAUGAAAAGAAGCCAGGUAAACUACAGUCUGGAGCUCGCUUCUAUCCUGGGGAAGAUGACCAGUUGGUGAUACUUAUUUUGGAACGGAGGGAGUAAUGUAGCACUGGACGGAUGUGCCCUUUAUUACAUACUGAUUUUGCGCUGGAACUGAGAUUAUUGUUUACCUUAACCCCCCAUUCUAUUUAGCUGUUGGAAUGUC